CAGCCACCCCUGUUAUGUCAUUCGCUGCCAUGGCGGCCCCCGUUGCGCUGAUUCAAGGAGCCAGCAGAGGUCUGGGCUUUGAAUUCUGCAAACACAUUUUAAAAAACAAGAGCCUCGCUGCUGUUGUAGCGACAUGUCGGAAUCCGGACGGGGCGGCCGAGCUGUGGGGCCUGGCCGGUCAACACCCGGGCAGACUGACGGUCCUCAAGCUGGACGUGAACCGGGAGGAGGACGUCCGCGGAGCCGCCGAGCGGGUGAAGGAGAGCUUCGGUCGGCUGGAUCUGAUCGUCAACUCGUCGGCGAUGCUUCACCCCUCCGGGAAAGGAGAGACCAGCCUGAGGGAUGUUUCUGCACAGGGCACCAUUUCCACCUUAAUGACCAACACGGUGGGUCCUCUGGUGAUGGCCAAGUAUUUUGCAGCUCUCCUUCAGAAGGGCAGCGGUGGUUUCGGUCAGCAGCCUGCAGAGAAAGCAAAGCAGCACAGCGGCAUCAUCGUCAACAUCACGGCCAAAGUCGGGUCCAUCGGAGACAACGGUCUGGGUGGUUGGUACAGCUACAGAAUGUCUAAAGCAGCUCUCAACAUGGCGACCAGGAACCUGUCCAUAGAGCUGGGCCGCGGUCGACCGAAGGUUCUGUGCGUGUCCUUACAUCCAGGAACAGUCAACACCGACCUGUCCCGGCCUUAUCACAGGAACGUACCAAAAGACAAGUUAUUCAGCACCGAGCACUCUGUCAGCUGUCUGAUGGGCAUCAUAGAGUCUCUGAAUAUUGAGAAGACUGGAAAGGCGUACAACUGGGACGGGACUGAGCUUCCCUGGUAGAAUCCAUUCACGGACGAUGGAGGAGAUUAAUGCUCAAUCUGUGGGCGGUGUAGAGGCCGUGGCUUCACUCCAUCCAGUGGUUCCUGGUGGAGUCUACACAGCUGGAAACACACCUUUACUACUACCUCAAAACCAGCCACAGUGCUUAAUUCACUCCAAACAUUUGUGUUGUUCAUAGAAGCAUCGCCUAAAGGGUGGAUGUGACCUGAAGAUUUGAUGCAGAACGAGUCAUUUUGAUUGUGGAAAUAAUGUAAUAUCAUACUAACCUUGACAGUUUUUUGCAGUAUCAGUUCAGAUCACUAAGUGGCUUUUAUUAAAGGAGUAUAAAGACAUUA